AAAAUAGUAAAGAAAUGUCAUUUUCAAUCUUCCCCAUUUCCUUUUAGGGGUAAAUAUAACGAACGAAACGCCAACUGGGAAUAAAAAGGGUAGGCAGGCGUAUUAUAGCAUUGAGUGAGAUCUAAAUCUAAACCUUCACACUCACGCGAUAGAGCAUUUGCUGCAACCAUACAGCACAGUUUUUUUCACACUCUCACAUCCGAAAUUCACACACACACACACACACACGCACUCUCGACUUCGCAAGUAAAACUCCAUUUCUCUGCGCGAAAGCCCUAAACUCGGCCGAUCCGAGUCCAGAUCCAUUGUCGGUGCGUUUCUCUCUUCACAGUUCAUACGCGCAUACUGAACUGAUCUGAAUAUGCCAUCGGCAUCAAUUUAACUUUGAUUCAGCUGGUUUGAGGACAUUUGAUCAGCUUUCCUUCGACAGAACAAUGGCUUUGCCUUUGAUUUCGGGAAGGAAUUUAUGCAUUUCUUUCAGUUACUUGGUUCUCAUUUUCCAAGCUUGUAAUGGUUUUUAUCUACCUGGAAGCUAUAUGCACACAUAUUCAACAGGGGAUGAAAUAUACGCGAAAGUGAAUUCUUUGACCUCCAUUGAGACUGAGCUUCCCUUCAGCUAUUACAGUCUUCCUUAUUGCCAGCCUCCAGGGGGCAUUAAGAAAAGUGCUGAAAAUCUUGGAGAACUGAUAAUGGGAGAUCAAAUUGACAAUUCUCCAUAUCGCUUCCGCAUGAAUGUCAACGAGUCUGUGUACAUCUGCACCAGUCCUCCAUUGAGUGAGCAUGAUGUUAAACUUCUAAAACAGAGAACUCGGGAUCUGUAUCAGGUUAACAUGAUUCUUGAUAAUUUGCCUGCUAUGAGGUACACAAACCAAAACGGGGUUAAAAUCCAGUGGACCGGAUACCCAGUGGGAUACAGUCCUCUGAACAGUAAUGAUGAUUACUUUAUCAACCAUCUCAAGUUCAGGGUAUUAAUUCACGAGUACGAAGGAGCUGGUGUGGAGAUAAUUGGUACUGGAGAAGAAGGUAUGGGUGUUAUUUCAGAAGCUGACAAAAAGAAGGCAUCAGGGUACGAGAUUGUUGGUUUUGAGGUUGUCCCGUGCAGUGUAAAAUACGACCCCGAUAAGAUGGAAAAACUCCACAUUUACGACAAUGUCACAUCAGUAAAUUGUCCUCUAGACGCUGAGAGGUCUCAGAUUAUAAGGGAUAAAGAAAGAGUGUCAUUCACAUACGAGGUCGAGUUUGUGAAAAGCAACAUAAGGUGGCCGUCUCGGUGGGAUGCCUAUCUGAAAAUGGAAGGCGCACGUGUGCACUGGUUCUCGAUUCUCAACUCCUUGAUGGUGAUCUUAUUCUUGGCAGGCAUUGUCUUUGUCAUAUUCUUGAGAACCGUGAGAAGGGAUCUGACGAGGUACGAGGAACUGGACAAAGAAGCUCAAGCCCAGAUGAAUGAGGAGCUUUCGGGAUGGAAGCUAGUGGUGGGUGAUGUAUUCAGAGAACCCUCACACUCGAAAUUACUCUGUGUUAUGGUUGGAGAUGGAGUUCAAAUUACCGGAAUGGCAGUUGUCACUAUCGUUUUUGCAGCUCUAGGUUUCAUGUCACCAGCCUCACGAGGCAUGCUUUUAACAGGGAUGAUUCUGCUUUAUCUCUUCCUUGGAAUUGCCGCUGGAUAUGUCGGUGCUCGAAUGUGGACGACCAUUAAAGGCUCGCCCGAAGGAUGGAGAUCGGUUGCUUGGUCAACCGCGUGCUUCUUCCCAGGAAUUGUUUUCGUUAUUCUGACGAUCUUGAACUUCAUCCUUUGGGGAAGUAACAGUACCGGAGCUAUUCCUAUUUCUUUAUAUUUCAUACUCUUGUCGCUCUGGUUCUGUAUUUCGGUGCCACUAACUCUCGUCGGUGGGCAUUUAGGCACAAAGGCCGAGCCUAUUCAAUUCCCUGUUCGAACUAAUCAAAUCCCCAGAGAGAUCCCUGCACGCAAAUACCCCUCAUGGCUGCUUGUACUUGGUGCUGGAACUCUUCCGUUUGGAACUCUCUUUAUCGAACUUUUCUUCAUCCUGUCCAGUAUUUGGCUCGGAAGGUUCUAUUACGUAUUCGGUUUCUUGCUUAUUGUACUGUCCUUACUGGUCGUUGUUUGUGCGGAAGUUUCUGUCGUGCUCACUUACAUGCAUCUCUGUGUCGAGGAUUGGAUGUGGUGGUGGAAGGCAUUCUACGCCUCUGGUUCGGUUGCACUGUACGUUUUCUUAUACUCGAUCAAUUAUCUGGUUUUUGACCUACAGAGUUUGAGCGGUCCAGUUUCCGCUACACUUUACCUUGGCUAUUCGUUGAUAAUGGCGGUCGCAAUCAUGCUUUCUACCGGCACUAUUGGCUUCCUCACUUCGUUCUACUUUGUUCAUUACCUUUUCUCGUCGGUGAAGAUCGAUUAAAAACAAAAAUCUUUCAGCUUUACAUCAAGCAUAUUUUAGGGGUCCUUAAACUUUUGCUGUAUCUUGAUAUUACUAUAGAACUUCAUUGUGUUUUUCUUUUUUAGCUGGCUUCCAUUUCUAUGUUCUGUUAUUUUUUAUAUUUUUUUUCUUUUUCAUUUUCCAAUAUUUCAUAUUGUAGUGUCUUGUAUACAUUAUGCCAAUUGUGUGCUUGAUUCUUGCUAUACUGUAAUUUUAUGUUGGAGAGCU